AUGCUGGAAAAUGGUACUUGUAGUUUUACGAAUUGCAUAAAGUUGGCAUUAAUCAGGGUACUUGAAAGAAUCAAAUAUGAAGAAAUUAAUGAUACAGACCAACUUAGAAUAUGUUUACGACAAGAAGCUGCAAGAUGGGCAUGUUUUCUCGGUGACAUUACUUGUAUGAAAGUAGCCAACAUGAAAUUAAAACAACAUUGCGAACAACCUAAAACAUACAGACUUAUGCCAUGGUGGAAGGAAUGGACAUAUUGUAAAGGUUUGAUGAUAACUCCCGAAAAAGAGAAUACUUGGGAAAUUGUACUUGUUACUAUACCUGCAGCAUUAAUUAUUAUUAUUAAUAACGUAUAUUCCGUAAAUCAAACUAAGUUAAUAGAAGAAUUCGUUGAAAGAUGGAAAACGGACUUAGCAGACAUAAUUAAUAUAAUUAAUAAUACAACAAAUUUAUUUAUUAGUUGUCACGUAGAAAAGGAUCUCGCAACGCAGAAUUUUGACAGAAUUAAAAGGAAGAUAUUAAUUCGCAACAAUCAAAUCAACAGACAGAUACAAUUUUAUGAAAGCAUCCGUUUUAAUCAAUGA